AUGCAUACGUUUUGGAUGGAGCUGCAAACCAAGGGGUGCCCUGGGCCCCGGGCGGCGCACUCCUGCGACGUCAUCGACGGGCGGCUGUACGUGUUCGGCGGCUGGAACGGCAAGCGCGCGCUCAACGAUUUGCACAUGCUGGACGUGGCCUCGAACUCGUGGACGGAGGUUCACCCAAACGGGCAGGCGCCGUCGGCGCGCAACAACCACACCACUGCGGUGGUUGACCUGAGACUGGUGGUGCACGGAGGCCACGACGGCAACAAGUGGGUGGCCGACAUGCACAUCCUCGACACGGGCGGGUCGACCGGGGCCGGGGGCGUGCAGGAGGGGCCCACCUGGCACAAGGCCCCGACCUCGGGUGCCCCGCCGUCGGCCCGGGCGUGCCACACGCUGACGCGCCUGGCGCACAAGCUGUACAUGUUUGGUGGCUACGAUGGCGCCAAGUGCUUCAACGAUAUGGAUAUCAUCGACUUGGAGACGAUGACCUGGAUGCAGCCGGCCCUGUCGGGAACGCUGCCGCAGGCGCGGAAUGCGCACACGAUGACGGUCAUCCUCACAAAGCUCUUCUUGUUCGGGGGCCACAGCGGGAACAAACACUUGACAGAUCUGCACGUGUUCGACACGCAGAAGCUACAGUGGUCCCAGCCCGAGAUCCUGGGGACCCCGCCGCCCGGGCUGCGAGGCCACACCGCCAACCUUAUCGGCCACAAGAUAUUCUUGUUCGGUGGUUACGACGGCAAGGGGCGCACGAACGAGCUGUACGUGCUCGACACAGCCGAGGGCAAGUGGGUGCGGCCCACCUGGCCCACGGAGUCGCCGCACACGCCGCCCGGCCGGCAAAGGCACAGUGCGUCGCUGAUCGGCUCCAAGAGGAUCUACAUAUUCGGCGGCUUCGACGGGAACAAGUGGCUCAACGACCUGCACGUGCUCGACGUCGGCCGCCUGGAGGAGAGCGCGCUGAACGACGUCGCGGUUCACACUCUGAUCGAGAACAUGCGCCGCCUGCUGAACAGUCCAGACUUUAGCGACAUCACCUUCGUGGUAGAGGGCAAGCGCAUAUAUGCCCACAAGGCCAUCCUUGUGGCGCAGUGCGAGCACUUCCACGCGAUGUUCUCGGGAGGCCGGUUUGCGGAGGCGAGCAAGAGCGAGAUCGAGAUUCCGAAUUGGAGCUACACCGCGUUCGUCGCCAUGCUGGAGUGGCUCUACACAGGGCACACCCCGCGGGAGCUGUCCGCUGCGCACCUCACCGAGGUACUGGGGCUGGCGGACCACUACACCUUGGACGGCCUCAAGCACGUGUGCGAGAACGUGCUGGUCCACAGCGUGGAGAUCGAGAAUGUCUGCGCGCUGCUUCGACACGCUGAUCAGUACAUGGCGGAGGCGCUCAAGCGAUAUUGCCUUCAGUUCAUUCUCAAGAACUUUGAUCAGGUCGCAUACAGCAAGGGAUUCGACGAGUUGAGCUCCAACCCUGCGCUCCUGCUAGAGGUCACUCGCGCCGCCGCGACGAAGAACACCGAUGGAGGAGGCGCCCACUUCUCGUCCCAGGGCAACUGCGGCUCCGGAGGCAGCAGCCUGAACCAGGCGCCAGUGCACUGUGGCUCCGGAGGCAUGGCUUGA